UUUCGGACGCAAGCCAUUACACACGACGACACGAUUCCGAAAUUAAAGUUACAAAAGGAAAACAGUAAAUAAAACCACUGUGAAAAUGGCUGUGAAAGAACUACUUUUGCAACGAAGAGUUCUAUUGUCUUUCUCAUCUUUAGUACACCCACCAAAUAGUGUUUAGGAAGUUAAUCAUGCCAUCUAAUGACCAGGUAGCUCGAAGCGUGGCUUUGGAGCAAGCGUACGUGUACGACGUAUAUGAACAAUUUCUAGAAAAACCAAACAGUGGACCUUGGCCUAGGGUGCAACAAUUUAUUGAAGAGCUAGAACCUGGUUCACUCGUCUGUGAUGUUGGUUGUGGUUCCGGAAAAUAUUUAAGCUUGAACAGUUCUAUAUUCAACAUGGGUGGAGAGAGAUCAAGACGUUUGGGUGAUAUAGCGCGAGAUAAAGACAACGAGGUGAUGAUUUUGGACAACUUGGCAUUACCGUUCCGAGAUGAAAGUCUAGAUGCCGUACUGUCUAUCGCGGUUGUUCACCAUUUCACCACGACCGAACGACGUAUCAGAGCACUCAGGGAACUGGCCCGAGUAAUGCGGAUUGGUGGCCGGAUCAUCAUAUCCGUUUGGGCCAUGGAACAGAGUCAUCGAAAGUUCGAAUCGCAAGACGUUCUAGUCCCGUGGCACCGACCCCAGCACCUUAGCACACCAUCACUAGAACUCACUUCUACUACCAAUACAUCAGAGGAUGACUUUCUACCACCAUACCACGCCUACACCCAGAGCGAUAGUGAUUCCAAUAAAUCCGAGAGAGCAAAAUUAAUUCUGAACAAAAAGCGCAGCAAAAGCAGACACAAGGGUCGUUCCAUAGAUCCUGGUCGAAGUUCAUCGCCUAGCAGCUCAAGCCUUUCAUCCCCAAAUGAGACCUGCUACAGUUUUGUUCGUCGAGCAAUUCAAAAAUUAGCAGGUGCUAGACGUUCAGUGCAGAGACCAUGGUUUUUGGAUAGUUGGACGGCAUGCACCAAGGAACCAUCACCAUCACGAUACGACGCUACAAAAUGCGACUGUUGCGACUGUGAAGACGUGCAAAACCUGCCCAUCGAACUUCGUCGAAUUGACGAUGAAGACAUAAUAACAGCUAGACGUCAAACAUUUCCAUCAUCGCAACUCAUCAGUGAACUAUCGGCGAACUUCAAGUCUCGAAGCCUGACGGACAUGAAAACGGUAGAGAAUAAUAACAUUGUGCGAUCCAAAUCAAUUGUGCCUAGUGGUUCACAGACUCUGCAACAAGAAGAAAGUGCGUGUCGCGAUUCGAAAGAAGAGAAUAAGAGUCAAUCGAAGGUUUCGUUAAUGAAGCCAAGGCUAGUGAAACAGAAGAAAUCAAUCUGCGACGAGGACGCCGAAGAAGCCCUAGACGAGCCGACAGACAUGAAAAAUAUGGUCAGGAACAUGCCAGAUUUCAAAAUACUUCACUACAACAGCCAUUGCCGAGGUGUAUUUAAACAACGAUCACUCAACGAAGAAAUCAUGUCAGCUGAACGAAUCAAAGAAAAGGAGAACGUAAAACGCAACAUUCAAAAACAGACAUCGUUAAAUGAAGAACUGAUAUUCCAAAGACACAGAAAAUUGGAUUCGCUAAAAGAUUCCCUCUUCUCGGUUUCGACUUCGAAACGACUACAACUUAUCAAAACUGGCUUCACAAACAAAUUCAAGACUUCCACAGGCAUAGAAAAAGUGACUAGUUCUUCUUUCAAAAACGGGUUUGUAAAAAUCUUUCAGAAUUGGAAGAGCACUGAACUGGUGUCUCCUACAAUACCAGAAAAUGAAACCGUAACCACACCUACUUUAACCACAUCGAAUAAUAUCGAUGAUAAGAAAGACUCCUCAGUCACUACGACGAGUGAACGCAGACAUUCCAAAGAAGACAAUUCGGAUUCCUCCAAAGACAGCAGCUUACAGAGUGACACUAGCGUCGACUCAGAAGACAGUUUCGCUUCGGUGAUAUUCAUUCCAAAAACAGAUCCCACUUCCCCAACUCCACUCUCCCCGGGCCCUGUUUCGCCUCGCCUUAAUACAUCCGUCCCAAACUCACCACGCAUCAAGCAAUCUUCUUGCCCCACAAGUCCUAGAAUUAAACAGAUGCCCUUAACCGUGUAUCCAUUAACUAAACAGUUAAGCUCUCCCAAAUCUGGAUUCGGUUCGAGUAAAUCAGAUUCCGAUAGUUCGAACGGCACUACGACAAAUCUACUCUCUAGGGACCAACUGAAGGCCGAUAUUCAAACGAAGGAAACUAAAGAAAUCGUCGUAGCUUCAAAAAAGACACCACUCUCACAAAAAUACUCUGUGCCUCCAAUACCUAAAUUCAAAAAGACAAGUUUAAAUACCAAAACAAGCCCGGAAAAACCCCCGACUAAUAAUCAGAUCCAAGUGCCGAGCAACAAUCGCGAUGAAAGACUCAAAAGCAUACGCGAGCUAUUGAAACAAAAGCCUGGAUUUGGUGUACGCUCAUCGAGAUCAAACUAUCCCAUAGUCAGACAUUCUUCUGUUACCAAUGGAAACUUUCGCAGCCUUGCUAGACCUCUUCCGAAACUGCUAUCAUUAGAACUCUUUAAUCCUGAAACCGAUGAUAAAGAUAGCGAUUCCAGUGCUGUCUCUUCUCCAGACUCUAUAGAGAGUGUGGUUGAGAACAAAAAUAAAUCGCCAACAGUAGGAACGAGAUUUCCUUUUUCUCCAACGAAAAUAAUAAAUAAACCUGUAAUAAAACCUAAAGAAACAAAAGAUAAUGCUAAAACAACCGACACAGCUUCAUCGAUGGGCUUAAUAGAAGCAGCAGCAAACGUUGCAAAUUCGUUGGACAAUGCAGUUAAUAAAGUGAUAAAAUCGAGUCCUCGAUCCAGAAGAAGGCAAAUUCGAUCGGGCGAUAUUCUUUCGGUCAUACAAGGUAAUUUCGAAAUGAGACGUACUGUUCAACAAAUCGAAGAUCGAUCCGCAGGAAAAUUGGACCCCAUUUGGGCGGAGGAUUGCAGAAGACAUUUAACAGAUUUCGCAGACAAGCUCAGCGAAAAACUUCUUCAAGAAAUCCAUCAAUACCAGCACAUUUCCGAUGAGAAACAACUACUUUUAGGAUUCCCUUCUAACGAGAACCUUCACGAUCCGUACAUAAAUAGAUUAAGCGAGGAAUUGGACGAUCUGUCGAAAUUGAGUGCGGAAAUUCAGAAGCAAAACGAAUAUUUAGCAAAAUUAACUGCGAGUGACAGUUUGUAUAGCAGUCAGUGCGUCAAGUGUAAAUUCGGAAAGUGCUCGUGCGACAAUGGUGACACUGAUCACGGCGAAAACGUAGAUGUACCUAAAACAAACGUGAACGCUGAUAUUAUUCGAAAUAGUGUAAAGAAUCCGAUUGUUUCUACGAAACAAUCAAAAAGCGAAAAUGUAUCGGAAGAUCCGGUCAAAAACACAGACAAAGUGGUCGAUGAAACUGACGGCGCGAAUACCAAAACGUUGACCAAAAAUUAUCUGAAGAAAGGUGCUUCGAUCGAAUCGUACGAAUCGGAAAAGGAAAGUAGCAGCAACUCGAUCACAUCUAGUGUGACCACAUCAGUUCAUUUCGAACUGGGUGAAUCCGGGGACAGUUCCGAUCGUGGUAGCAAGGAGACGAACUCAUCAACUAGCAGGUAUAGUGACGAAGGUUCGACUCUCUCCUUGGUCUCGUGUCACGAUUGGAAAACGUAUAACAAAAAUAGUAACAGCAACAGCGACUCCUGCGACAAACAGUUCUUUUCCAGCGACAAAAUCGAACAGGUCCACGAGAAGAAGAACAUCAGCAAAGACCAAUCGAUGAGCAACACGUCCCAGGAAUCGCUACCAUCGGACAACAUCGGUGGCGCUAUAACAUUCCACAGGUACUAUCACGUUUUCAAGGAGGGAGAACUGGACCAACUUAUUGAAAGACAUGUACAAAAUUUGCACAUUAUUUCAUCAUAUUACGAUCACGCUAGCUGGUGUAUAGUAGCCGAAAAGGUUCAGGUGUGGACCAUCUGACCUGGCGUGACGACACU